UGUCCUAUACGGUCGCCAUGAGUCGGAAUCGACUAGAUGGCAAUGGGUUUGGUUUGGUGGCCUAAAAUUUUGUCACUUUAUUUUUUCUUCCUUCCCCCUGAUUUCAAGACCGCUGGUCACUUUCUAAACAGAAUCGGAAGCCACAGUAUUCGCCUCCCAGAAGAGUGGAUGUAACACAGAUAAAAGACCGAAACGCAGAGCCGGGCUCCGGACCGCCCAAAACCGCGCGAGAGUUUACGUGACGACGUCAGCGUCUGCGUCCGCCUUACGUUUGCGUCGGCCACGUUCAGCGGAGACGGGAGCAAGAUGGCGAUUCCGGGCAGGCAGUAUGGGCUAAUUUUGCCAAAGAAAACACAGCAGUUGCACCCUGUUUUGCAAAAACCAUCAGUGUUUGGGAAUGAUUCUGAUGAUGAUGAUGAGACUUCUGUGAGUGAAAGCCUUCAGAGGGAAGCUGCUAAGAAGCAAGCAAUGAAACAGACGAAACUGGAAAUCCAAAAGGCCCUUGCAGAAGAUGCUACUGUGUAUGAAUAUGACAGUGUUUAUGAUGAAAUGCAGAAAAAAAAGGAAGAAAGUAAUCCUAAAUUGCUUUUGGGAAAAGACCGAAAGCCCAAGUAUAUUCACAACUUACUAAAAGCAGUUGAGAUCAGGAAAAAGGAGCAGGAAAAAAGAAUGGAAAAGAAAAUUCAGAGAGAACGAGAAAUGGAAAAGGGAGAAUUUGAUGAUAAAGAGGCAUUUGUGACCUCUGCCUAUAAGAAAAAACUGCAAGAGAGAGCUGAAGAGGAAGAAAGAGAAAAGAGGGCUGCUGCGCUCGAAGCACGUUUGGAUGUAACCAAGCAAAAAGAUCUCAGUGGAUUUUAUAGGCACCUAUUAAAUCAAGCAGUUGGUGAAGAGGAAGUUCCUAAAUGCAGCUUUCGUGAAGCCAGGUCUGGGAUAAAGGAAGAGAAAUCAAGAGGUUACUCCGAUGAAGUAGGUUUGGAGAACAGAAUACCACAUGAGAAAUGCAUUCUCCAAACUGGUAUGAAGGCAGAGGAAAACCCAGAUGCAGACAGCGACUUUGAUUCUAAGAGCAGCGAGGAUGAUGACAUUGAAGAAAAUAAUAAAGUGAACUGCAGAAGGAAAAAAGGCACAGAAUCCUCUGAGAAUAACCCUAAGCAUCACAGGAAUCAAACCUGCUCACGGUCAUCUAGUGAAGAAAGAGGACACAGUAGCAGACACCACACAAAAAGUUCCAAGUCAAGAGGACAUGAGAAAAGAGAAGAUGAGCAUCAAGACAGACAAUCCAGGGACCAGGAGAACUAUUACACUGACCGCGAUUAUCGAAAAGAAAAGGAUUCCCAUAGGCACAGAGGGGCCAGUCAUAGAGAUUCCCACUGGAAGAGGCAUGAAAAAGAAGAUAAACCAAGGGGAAGAGACCACAGAGAAAGAGACAGAAAUGACAGAGAAUGGAAAAGGGAGAAAGAUAGGGAGAAAUAUAUCCCAAGAGAACAAGAAAGAGAUAGACAAUCACAUGAACAGGACCGACACAGUGAGAAAGGGGGAGAGAAGGAAGAGAAAAACAAAGCAAAGGAAGAGCAUAUAAAAGGAAGGAAGGAAAGACAUGAGAACAAUGAUAAGUACAGAGAUAGGGAAAAACAAGAAGGAAGUGUUCAAUCUUCAGAAAGAAAUCGAGACAGAAAGGAAAGUAGCCCAAAUUUUAGAGCAAAGGAUAGGUUGCUUGACCAGGAAAAAUCCAAUAAAAUGAAAAACUUGGAAAAGGAGAAAGAAAGGAACCAAGAGAACCCCUGUAGUUCUGAAACAUCACUGGGAGCAAAACACAGAAUCACAGAGAAAGAGAAAGAGAAAGGCAAAGAACAAGAGAGACCACCUGAGGCUGUGAGCAAAUUUGCAAAGCGGAGCAAUGAAGACACGGUAAUGUCAGCUAGAGACAGGUACUUGGCCAGGCAGAUGGCACGGGUUAAUGCAAAGACCUACAUUGAGAAGGAAGAUGAUUGAUAGUUGCUCCAAAAGAAAGAUGUGUGAAAGCACAGAAAAUUAUUACUCCUGGAACUUGCUGUGUGAAAGCAAAAAGGAGUGUGUUAACAGUGGUUUGGGAGGCUAUUUUUAAAUAUGAUUAUCAAACUUUACUUUUGGUUUAGAUUUCAACCAAAAGUCCUUUUACCUUGAAUAUUUGACUGAAUUUAUGUAAUAUUUACUUAGCAAUACAUCACAUUUUUUGUUUGUAUCCAAGCAACUUUAAUAGUGUGUGCUAAGUCCCUGUAGGUACUUAAUGAAGAAAAUGGGCUCUGCCAUCACCAUUAACGUUAGUUUUGUUUCAGGAGCUGUCGUGUUACUGAAUUUUAAAUUAAAAUAUGUGGCUUGAACAAUAAAAUAUUUAUUGUACUUAUAACCAUAUAAAUAUGUUCUGAAAUUUGUAUUAAUGGGCAAAAUGUACAUCACACAUCUUGUCUAAAAAACCUUUUAGCCCACAGCAUACUCGACUUGCGUAGCGUGCAGGAUAGUCUAAGGGGAGAUACUGGAGUCAGAGACCUGAUAAGAAACUGUUGAUCUCCCUCUCCCAGUAGUUCAGAGCCUUUCACAAAGCAGCUUGGGAGCUUCAGAUGGGAAAAGCUGUGGAUUACUUUUAUUAACCUGCUUGGUUUCACAUCGCUCAGGGAGAAACUGCAAACUGAGUUUUUAUUAUUUGUUUCCAUUUUGGAGUUACUAUGAAUAGUACCGGCAGGGACAUUCUUAUACUUGUCUUUUGCUGCAUACAUAUAUAUUUUUUUAAUUGGGUAAUUCCUAGGAAUGGAAUUGCUGAUUCAUAGGGUAUGCUUUAGUAAAAAAAAAAAUUUUUUUUUUUUUUUUUUUAAGUAGAUACCUACUAAUAAGUUUUCCAAAAUAGUUGUGUCAAGAUACACUGCUUCCAUCCAUGUUUGAGAAUUCCAGUUGCUCCAUGUUCUUGCUUACACUUGGUAUUUGUUAGUUUAAUCUUAGCCAUUCUGGUGGUUAUGGUGGUAUCUCAUGGUUUUUAUUUUGUGGUUUCUGAAGCCUGUCUCAUAUAUUUAGUAGCAUUUAGGUAUCUCCUUUUUGAAGAGUCUUUCAGUCUGCCCAUUUUUUCUCCAUGACCUGGAAGGGUUGUAUAUAUGUUAAGGAUAUGAGUUCUUUGUCUUUGCAAAUUAUGCUCUCCUACUAUGUGGCUUUUCUUUUUCACUGUCCUAAUGGUGUUUUUCAGUGAACAAAAAUCAGUAAUUUUUAUAAAGUUUAACUUAAUUAAGAUUACAUAAAAUUUAAAAUUCAUGUCCUCAGUCUGAUUAGACACAUUUCAAGUGUUCAGUGGCUACAUUUGGCCAGUGGCUACCAUAUUGGACAGUGCAGAUUUACAGAACAUUUCCAUCAUCAUGGAAAGCUCUACUGGACAGCCUUUCUAGAAGCAUUGUCUACUUUUCACAUUUAGCUCUACCAUACACCUGAAAUUAAUUUUUGUGUGUGGUGUGGGACAGGGAUUAAGAUCCUUUUUUUUUUUUUCUUUCUCAUGGAUAUCAAAGACUUGGCAUGGACGAAACUUCAAAUUAAAACCACAGUUACAUACGCGUCAGGUUGGCAAAAAAUGUCAACCUUAGAACACCAAGUGUUGAUGAGUUACGGAGCAGAAGGAAUUUAUACAUACUGCUUUGGUGGGUGAACCGGGACAGCCUCUUUGGAAAACUGACUGGCUUUACCACGUGAUGGUGAAGCUGCAGAUUUCCUGUAACUCAGGUGUUCUUCCACAGAUGCACCAGGAAUGCUCAUAGUAGUGCUUUUCAUCAAACUGGAAACAUCUUAAAUGUCCAUCAGUAGUAAAGAAUCUGGUAUAUAUAAAAUACAGGUAUGAAAUAUAUAGCUACAUACAAUGCUGUAGCUACAUACAACUUGAAUGAGUUAUGAGGAACAAAAAGUAAUUCAUAUCAUCUAUAUAAAAUUCAAAUGCAGGCAAAACUGAACUAUCUUGUAUAGAAAUAAUGGAUAGGUGGUGAAACUAAAGAAAAGGAAAGAAGUGAUUAUUACAGAAGUCAAGAUAACAUUCGUGAUAUGGGAGAGGCACACAGGCCGUCGAUGGUGAUGACUCAGUUGUUAACUAACACGUUUUACAUAUUCUGUAUGCAUAAUAUGUCUCAAAAUAAGCAUUUUUGUAAUUGUAACAUUUUUAAUAUAUGAAUAGAAGGGACUGUUCGACAUCCCGGUUAGACAUUCCUGCAGAAAGUAGCUACAUAGACUUGUUGAUUUGUUAAAUGACUUAUGCACAGGGCAGCAGUUCUUUGAGACUUUAGGACCAGUAUGAAUAAGGGGUUUAUUAAAUUUGUUGCUAAAUAUCAUGUUCUUUUAAACAUGAAGUCCAAAAUAAUAUACUUAGAAAUUUUGUGGGUUGGUAAACAUCUGUUCCUCUGACUAAAUUUUUAAUAGAAUAUAAAUAACUGAAAAUACCGUAAUUUCAUUUUCCCCUCCCCUUGUUUGCCCUUACUCAAAUCAAAUUCAUAGUGCUAUUUCAUGCUAAUUUGUGCCUUCUCAUAUACUGAUUGCUUUGCCUGAAAUGCCAUGUUCUUGCCUCACUCCUUAUUAAAACUGAGUCGCAGUGUCAUUGCCUCCAGAAAGCCUGUCCAAAUACCCCUCUUUGUUUUAGCAACCAACGCCUCUGUGCUGCUUUUGCAUCCUGUGCUUAAUACCAUCAUGGCAUUUAUGAUGAUAGUAUGUCAGUUACUUGAGGGCAAGAUUCUAUAGUGCUGGCAUGAAUGAACAUUUAGAGAAGUUUUUAUUUAAACUUUGUUUUAAUUUCACUGUAUAUGUGGUGGUGUAGGAAAUGCAUCCUUUUUUUCAUUUUUGUAUUUUGUGUAUAUAAAAUAUAAUCCUCGUUUUACACAAGUCCAUUAAUUCAGAUCUCAACAUUAACCAUCUUUUUCAUUUCACCUUUUGCAUUUUUUUAUUCAUAAAAACCGUGUAUGUAAAAAAAAAAAAAUGAAUACUGGUCACUGUUUUGAAUAUUUUCAGAAUUACUGGUUGGUGAUGUCCAAAACUGAGGCUGAGACCUCAAGGUGAAUCCUGUAAUUGAAGUCUUACACUUUAUGUUGUUGUUAUUAGGUGCCAUCGAGUCGGUUCCGACUCAUAGUGACCCUGUGCAUAACGAAACACUGCCCGGUCCUGAGCCGUCAAUCGUUGUUAUGCUUGAGCUCAUUGUUGCAGCCACUGUGUCAGUCCACCUUGUUGAGGGUCUUUCUCAUUUCCGCUGACCCUGUACUCUGCCAGCAUGAUGUCCUUCUCCAGGGACUGAUCCCUCUUGACAACAUGUCCAAAGUAUGUAAGACGCAGUCUCGCCAUCCUUGCUUCUAAGGAGCAUUCUGGUUGUACUUCUUCCAAGACAGAUUUGUUCGUUCUUCUGGCGGUCCAUGGUAUAUUCAGUAUUCUUUGCCAACACAAUUCAAAGGCCUCAGUUCUUCUUCAGUCUUACUCACUGUCCAGCUUUCACAUGCGUAUGUUGUGGUUGAAAAUACCAUGGCUUGCGUCAGGCGCACCUUAGUCUUCAAGGUGACGUCUUUGCUCUUCAACACUUUAAAGAGGUCCUUUGCAGCAGAUUUACCCAAUGCAAUGCGUCUUUUGAUUUCUUGACUGCUGCUUCCAUGGGUGUUAAUUGUGGAUCCAAGUAAAAUGAAAUCCUUGACAACUAAAGUCUUUUCUCCGUUUAUCAUGAUGUUGCUCAUUCAUCCAGUUGUGAGGAUUUUUGUUUUCUUUAUGUUGAGGUGCAAUCCAUACUGAAGGCUGUGGUCUUUGAUCUUCAUUAGUAAGUGCUUCAAGUCCUCUUCACUUUCAGCAAGCAAGGUUGUGUCACCUGCAUAACGCAGGUUGUUGAAUCUUCCUCCAAUCCUGAUGCCCUGUUCUUCAUAUAGUCCAGCUUCUCAGAUUAUUUGCUCAGCAUACAGAUUGAAUAGGUAUGGUGAAAGAAUACAACCGUGACACAUACCUUUUCCUGACUUUGAACCAGUCAGUAUCCCCUUGUUCUGUCCGAACAACUGCGUAAUAGUUGUUCUUACGCUUGAUCUUACGCUUAAUAGCGUUCUCCAACUCAGAAUAUUGGCAACAUUAGCAUUUAUUUUAAAUAGUAACAACAUGUGGAAAAGCAGCACCACCUAAGGUGAUCACUAGACCGUGGUAACAAUAACAAUCUGAGGGAACAGAUGUCUCUCAGAAAGCUUAAGAUCAGAUUCGAGGUACAGUAGUAUGUCUGGAGGUCACUGUGGUAUGACAUUUGAGCCUUGUUACUGGCCCAACUGUUGAUUUUCUUUCCUCUUGUCUCCUACCUUUUGUUUAUGUUGUUCUUGGGUGGGGAAUGCCCAGUUCUACGCCAAAACAUGUAGGGUUGCCAUGAGUUGGAAUUGGCCCUGGGCAACUUUUUUUUUUUUUUUUAAGUAACUUUCUCUAGGGACCCAAUACCUUUCUUAAACAACCAGUCUGUGUACAGUACAAGGAUUGGAUUUAGUGUGGUAAUGCUACCUUGCAGGAUGUUUGCUAACCAGUACAGGGCACACACACACACACAUACUGUAUCUGCUGCAGGUUCUAUUCCUAGUCCUCUUCCCCAUCACACCUUAAAAUGAAAUAGAAUGUACUUGCAGUUUAGAAAAAAAUCCAGCCUGAAGUUGAAUCACUCUGGAUUUCCCAGGCUUCUAUGAUGCUGAUUUUAAACAUACACAUACACAUGCAAAUAAACUUUGCCUGGAAUCAGAAAACCUAGGCUGGAUCUGUUCUGUAACUUUCCAUCUGUGUGAACCUGGGGAAAAUCAUUUAACCUGUCUGAGUCUCAGGCUCAUCUGCAAAACUGGGAAAAAUGUGUCACCCAGAGCUCUGGUGGUCAAAAGAGAUGAUAUAUGUGAAAGCACAUUAUAAACUAAAGCUCUGCACAAAUUUGUAAAGAAUUACAAUGAUUGGGUUUACUAAAAUGUAAUUUUUAAUUGGAAGAUGUUUUGAUGCUAAUAUUUGCAAAUGACAUGCAUUGGUGUAUUGGGACAUAUAAAUGCUUUGACAAUAUACAGUUAAGUUUUUAUUUUAACCGUAAGAGUUUGGACUUUUUUAAUGAGGACAAAUCUAUCAUGAUACUAAAAUUAUUACCGUAACAGCUCAGAGUAUAAGGCGUUUACUGAUACCUCACAAUCUAGCUUGAAGCACUUACAACAACUGCAUAAAUGAAUACAGAGAUAUGCAUCAGAAAGGGGAUCUUUUAAACAAAACUUUAAUUCUGCCACUAAAGUUUGAAAAAUUUUCGUGUUAAAAAAAAACCUGGAAAUUUUCAUAUUACCACAGUUGACAGAGGUGAAUACAGGGAAUAAAUUUACUAUCCUUAGCUGUAAGUGAUAUGAGGAAAAAAUAUAUAAUUCAAAAUUUAAAGCACCUCACUGAUGGGCCCAGCACACAAUAGAAGUAUCCUGGAAAGUUGUUUGUACGUCAGAUCUUUUUUAAAUGACAUUAGAAUAACUGAGUUCUUAUGUAAAGUCCUUAGUUUUAUAUUUUAAAAUAUGCUUUUAUAUCAAGUUUUAUUAAGGUAAGGUGGUGGUGGUGUGUGCCGUCGACUAGAUUCCAAAGGUAAGGGGCACUUCUUAGAGUUUGAACAAGAGUAAUCUUGCAAAAUAGUUUUUUUUUUUUUUUUUAGUAAAUGCUCUUGCUUAUGGUUUUUUAGCAUAAAGAUGGGACAAACACCCCUCCACAGCCAAUUAUUGUUUGGACUGUCACAGAUUACAAAUUGCUAGAAAUAAAUUGUCCAUUACGCUUGGAGUCUUCAAUUAUAAAACUAAAGCGUUGAUGUCGUUUAUUCUCUCCCCCUGUUGAUAAGAUUCAGCAGAUAUUAAAACAUUUUUCUGAUGAGGUACUCUACCAGUGCACACUGUUGCCAAAUUAGAGUUGGUCAGUGGAAGAAUUUGGCAUGGAUUUUGUGAUGUGUUGGUAAGAUAAAUACCACUUGGCACUCUAAUUGAAUAAUUUUCAAGAAAAGAGCUCUUCUGUUGAAAAGGUGAGCUUUUUUGAAACACUUUAUGUAGAAACAAUACUGAAUGGAUUCCAAAAAUAUGGAAAAAAAAAAAAAAACGUUGCCA